AUGCGGCGGGCGAUGGAGAGCAUUGAUCUGGGCGAACUCGGGAUUGGGGAGAUUAGGAGCAAGAGGGCGGCCACCGAUGCUCUCCUCCUCGAGAUCCCCGGUCCCGAGUCGCAUGCGAGGGCGGAUGCCCUCGCCGGUAAGAUGUCGAUCCUCUUCGCCGACACGGGGAACGUGCGGAUAGCGCGUCCCUCGAAGAGGGCCGACAUAAGGGUCCGCGACCUCGACGAUGCGGCCACCGUGGAGGAAGUCGUCUCCGCGGUGGCGGUCGCCGAAGGCUGCAGGCCCGGUGAGGUAAGGGCAGGGGCAAUCCGCCCCGAGGGGGACCGCAUGGGGGCGCUAUGGCUCCAGUGUCCCCUUGAAGCCGCCCGCAAAGUCUGGGACGGAGGGCGCCUCAAAGUAGGCUGGUCCUCCGUCCGGGUGGAGGCCCUGACGAAGCGCCCCCCCAAUGCUACAAAUGCUUGGAGUGGGGGAACGUCAGGGCCUCCUGCAGGAGCAGCGCCGACCGCAGUGGUCUUUGUUACCACUCCCGCGGCGUGCGACGCACUGGCGACAUGCCCGGUGUGUCGCGACGCCGGUCGGCCCUGUGCCCAUAGGGUUGGAGGUCCCGCCUGCCAAAUGGGCAAGCGGGGAAGCGGGGGUAAGGGAGGGAGGCGGAGACGCAAGGCGUCUGAUAAAUCUUCGCCCUCUAAGCCUCCCGCAGUCAAGGAGGGGGUUCCCGUUACCACUCAGGCGGAAGGGGGUCCCAAAGCCCCAGCUCCUCCUGAGGACUGCUCCCUGCUCCAUUGGGGCAGAGGCCUCCCUCGGUGA